CAGCGCCGCAUAGCCAUCAGCCCUGUCGACAGGUCUCCUCGGCACCACCUCCACCUGCCACCUGCGCAGCCCGAGUUGCUCCGCUCACCCGCGAGGAUGCCGUCGUCUUCAACACCACAACACAACCCCGCCACUGCUGCUACUCAUGGAGGUCGACGCCGCCAAUGAUGGUUCUCACGGAGGUUGAUGUUGCCACGGGAGUCCUUCUCGUCUGAAGGCGUCGACGAUGCAUCGCCUCUUCCAGGUCGCAACAGCAACCAACUUUGUGUCCACUCCGCACCCCCGUGUCUAGCCACCGACCGUCGCACGCCGCUCUCUGCAAUCAUCCCGGUAUUCUCCAAUUGGCCUCAUGUAGCGAAUUUUGGGCUUGCUAAGACCUUGCAGCGUGGGGCGGGGGAUAGAGGUGCUGGUGCUGGUGCCGGUGCCAUGUCCAGGGUUGCUGGAUCAUAUGAAUACAUUGCCUCGGGUAAGUUUUUUGGUAGACUUUUGGGUAUUAUUCAAAUUGAAUGACAUCACCAUUCAAGGAGAAGUAAUGACCACCAUGAAUCAUCAUAAGUAUCUAGCAGCUUAGUUUAGACUAUUGGGAUGUGUCAAUUUGAGUUAAGGUUCAAGUUGUUUAUUUUGGGAAGCUUUAUUGCUAAUAUCUACCUAAUUGAUCCACUUGCAGAGUAUGCUUAUACGCUCUAUAUGCUUAUGAUGAGAUGUUGAAUUAGUCAUGAAUGAUUAGUCUUUGUUUAUAACUAUAGGAAAUUUAUUCUGUUGUUGAUUUAGGAGCAAAGUCAGAACUUGUAAAUGGUUGAUCACAUGGUGCUAGACAUGAAUUCCUAAAAGAAGGCUUGUUCUAAUUUUCCGGGAGAUGCAUAGAUGGAGAAGAAACAAAAGCUUGUGCAGUAUAGAGAAUUCUUUGAUAAGACCUUUGCCUCACCUGAUCUUACACAUAAUGAGAUGCUCAAAAAACUUGUUGAAAGCUGUUCAUACCCUGGGUCAAGCUGUC